AUGUUGCGACCUCUUUUUUCUCCCGCGCAGCGUAGCAUAGCUAAGAAACGACCACUAUGUUCGCCUGCAAGGGCACAAUUUCUUUUCAGCACUUUCGCAAAUGUUAUCGAUGGAAAGACCCGGGACUCUUCACAAAUUCACCAGAGCAUCAAUCCAUCAAAUUGCCAGAAGCUUUGGGAUGUUCCAAUUGCGUCGAGGGAUGAUCUCCAGGAUGCUAUUGCAUCCGCGCAGAAGGCGUUUACCACCUGGUCAGCCGUAUCAGGGUCUGAUCGUCAGGGUUCCAUCGCUCAACUGAGGGAUUCUCUUCUGUCAUGCAAAGAAGAUAUAGCCGAGUUGCUUAUGAAAGAAGCAGGCAAACCAAGGAUGCAAGCGACCCUCGAAGUUGACCACGCAUGUGGGUUUCUGGAUUACUUUGCAAAUGUCAAACUUCCAUCCGAAGAGGUUAUUCAUGAAGAUGCCUCUCUUAAGCUAAGCUUGCAAUACAUGCCCCUCGGAGUUAUUGGGGCGAUUGUUCCCUGGAACUUUCCAUUGGUUCUUGCCAUGGCCAAGGUUGCAGCCGCCCUCGCCGCAGGAAAUACCGUGAUUGUCAAACCGUCUCCCUACACCCCCUACAGUAUCCUCAAGGUGGCCGAAUUAGCCAUCCCGAUUCUGCCCCGAGGUGUAUUCCAGGCCAUUAACGGUGAUGACAUGACCGGGCCAGAAAUGACCCUGCACCCCGACAUCAAUAAAAUCAGUUUCACGGGAUCAACCAGAGCCGGCAAGCAUAUCCUGGCUGCAACAAGCAACACAUUAAAAGAAUGCACUCUUGAAUUGGGCGGUAACGACCCGGCUAUCAUCUUCCCAGAUGUCGACAUUCAAGCCGUAGCCCAGCAAGUCGCCUUGGGUGCUUUCUUCAACAGUGGACAGUUCUGUCUUGGCAGCAAGCGUCUUUAUAUCCAUGAGGCAAUCUACAAUGACUUUCGGGAUGCCCUGGUUGACGUUGUGAGGACAUGGAAAGUGGGACCCGUUGACGAAGAUGUCAUGCUAGGUCCUAUUCAGAAUGAAAUGCAAUUCAAUGUUGUCACAGAUAUAUUCAAGGACUGCAAGGCAAAAGGAUACAACUUUGCCUUAGAGGGCGGCCCCAGCAACGGCCCAGGAUAUAUCUUCCAUCCUACCAUCGUGGACCGCCCACCUGAUGGAUCAAGAAUCGUCACGGAGGAACCUUUCGGUCCUAUCGUGCCUCUCCUGUCAUGGAGCGACGAAUCAGGGCUCAUCUCAAGAGUCAACGACACUAAGACUGGACUUGGAUGCUCAAUCUGGGCCAAGGAUGUGGAAGCAAGCAAGAGGCUUGCGCCAAAGAUUCAAUCUGGGAGUGUCUGGCUGAAUAGCUUUGCUAAACCCCAUCCUCAGGGUUACUUGUCCGGUCGCAAGGAAAGUGGAAUUGGUGGCUUCUGCAGGACCCAAUAUAACUAG